AUGCAUGAGUCCUCUCCUCUAGGGCUCUCGAGUACAACCCCGCGUCAACCUGUAGAGCGCCGCCGCAUGGUGCAGCCCGGUCAAAGCUAUGGAUGCCGGACACAGUUGCACAUUUUCCUGCGCUAUAAUAUUUUCACUCUGAUAUCACAUUUUAGGCUUGAAGUUGAGACUGUCGUUCUCCUGGGCAGAUAUGUGAAUGGAAAUCGACUCCCGUCAACUUCAUUAGUAAAGUUUGUGAUCGAGAUACUGCGGCAGUUUGAGAAUGGAUGA